AUGAGCUCGGGUUCAUCCACUGCUGGCUCUCAGGCCCAUUCCUCCGAUAUACAAGAGUCGGCUUUCCUCAAACGCAGCCGCGCCAUUCACUUGGGCCGGCUCUGUCUAUCAUUUUUGAUUCUGAUUGGUGCUGUUGCUGUCAUCGCUUGCGAAGCAGUACCUUUCCAGCAUUAUAAGUCUACGGUACAAUGGGCGAAUUCCGGUCUCGCCCUUUGGCCACUCAAUUUUGAUCUCCGCCCGACUGUCGCUGCGCUGUCGUGCGGCUGUGUUAUUGCGGUGCUAAACUUGAUAUACGUCGUUGUUGCUCUGCUUCCAUCCCCUCACUCGCGUAUUCAGACCCUCAAUACAUGUGCAUCCACUUCGGCCAUCGCCGGCUUUAUCACUGCCCUGAUCGGCCUCCUAUUCAUCAUCUAUCUCCCCUCCUCAACCUACCCGAGUGGCUUCAGCGAGAACGAAACCCUACACAGCUGGACCUGCAAAUGGAAGACCAAUACCGGCAACACCCCGGCCCCCAUCCACUUCACGCGUGACUGCCAAGAGACCCGUGCUGGAUUCGCUCUUCUGUGUGUUCUGCUUGGACUGGAGAUUGCCAUGGGAGUCGGCGCUGCCCUGGGAUCCUAUUUCCAGAGAGAUGUCUCCCGUCGUCGCGAAGAGGAGUUCCAGCUCGAGAAAGUGGAGGUUGCCACGAAGCAGGUCUAUGCCAAUUAA